AUGGCCGUCCAAGGCCAUCUCCGAACGGCCAUGCUGCCGCUCGCUCAGCACGACAGCCAGCCCAGAAGCAGAAGCAUUUUCAUUCCCUCGGUCCCAUCAGCGUGGCAGACGUGCCUCCGCGAUCCGCUUCAGCGGGGAUCGAGAUUGCCCCUCUUCGAUCAGGACGUCCAGGAACGGGUCGGCGGGGACUUCAGCCUCUAG